AUGGCAGCCUGCUGUUUUGAUUGCACCCCCUGCCCAGAAAAUGAGAUUUCCAAUGAGACAGAUAUGGAUCAAUGUAUGAAGUGUCCAGAAGACCAUUAUGCCAAUGCAGAGCAGAACCACUGCCUCUACAAAGAUGUGACCUUUCUGGCCUUUGAUGACCCCUUGGGGAUGACUCUGUCCUGUAGGUCAAGUGAGGACAGCAGACCUGCUCAGGAGACGCAGAAGGAGACACAGAAGGAGACAGCUCCGGCAGAGCCUCCUUCCAUGGAGCUGGCUCAGGAGGAGGUCUAUUCUGGUCCUGUGCUCACUCAGGUGGUGGUCACCCCUACAGGCUCUACUCAGCCAGGGUUUCCUUCUCCCAUGGAUAUUGCUCAGACUGGGCCUGCUCAGCUGGAGCUGCCUUCUCCCCUGGGGCCUCCUCAGAGGGAGCCCCCUCCUCCCCUGGAGCCUGCUCAGAGGGAGCUGCCUUCUCCCCUGGAGCUUCCUUAGUGGCAGUUGCCUCCUCCCAUGGAGCCUCCAGGGAUGGAACGGCCUCUUCCCAUGGAGCUUGCUCAGAUGGAACAGCCUCCUCCCAUGGAGCCUGAUCAGAUGGAGCCUCCUCCUCCUAUGGAGCCUGCUCAGAGGGAGACGCCUCCUCCCAUGGAGCCUGAUCAGAUGGAGCUGCCUCCUCCCAUGGAGUCUCAGCGGGGACAUUGUCAGAAGAAGCUGCAUUGUCCUUUGGACCAUGCUCAGGUGGAGGUUGCUCAGACAGGGCCUCCUCACAUGGGAUCUGUUCAGAAAGAGCCUCCUGCUGUCAUGGAGCCACCUCUUCAAGUGAAACCAGUCACCAAAAGGUAUUCUCCCCGAAAAGAGAGUACCAAGGAGAAGUCGGGCAUUCGGAGUGAGGUGGUGCAGCAGGAGCAAGUCCUUAUUGAAGUUGGCUUGGUGCCUGUUAGAUAUAACCAGCUUCUGAAGGGAAGCAGGCAUGCACAGGAUCUUCCAAAGGGAAACCCAAGAAGAGACGAGACACAUAAGGACCAAGAAAUUGGCUCUGAUGGGGAAGGAAAUAAAAUGGCCCUUCUCAAGAAAGUGGGAACAGAGGAAGCUGGCAAGAGUCUAGCUACGCUUGCUGCUCCCAAGGAAUCUACCAGUGUCUUAUCCUCAGAACAAAACUUAAAUGGGUCAGAUGGUGAAACGUUACAUUCUAAGUGUCAGACUGGUUCAGCUGGGCUUUGCGAAAUGGAAGUGGACACUGAGCAGAACCCAGACUGUGUCCCUGUGAAAGCCUCAGCACCCGAACCAGCGUCACCAUUGCCUCCUGUCCCAUCACCAACCGUAACGGCCUCGCCUCCUAUCACGUUGGCUGAAAAUGAGUCACCGGACAUUGAUGAAAACGAAAGCAUCCACAGCCAUGAUGGAAGUGACCUGAGUGAUAAUAUGUCCGAGGGAAGUGAUGAUUCUGGGAUGCAUGGGGCUUGGCCAGUGCCACAAGAAGCAAGUUCAAAAAGUGGGAAGGAGGGGUUGGCAGUUAAAAUAACCGAGGGAG